GGCAGGGCGGGACGAGCCGGCUGCCAUCGAGACCGGGGGACGGGCAGGAGAGGAGAGGGGAGGCAGCUUCAUAGGUGCCGCCGAGAAUGGACAUCAGGCCGAACCACACCAUCUACAUCAACAACAUCAACGACAAGAUCAAGAAGGAAGAGCUGAAGAGGUCCCUAUAUGCGUUAUUCUCACAGUUUGGCCAUGUGGUUGACAUUGUGGCUUUAAAGACCAUGAAGAUGAGAGGACAGGCAUUUGUUAUAUUUAAAGAACUUGGAUCAUCUACCAAUGCUUUGAGGCAGCUACAAGGUUUUCCGUUUUAUGGGAAACCAAUGCGUAUUCAGUAUGCAAAAACAGACUCCGAUAUAAUCUCUAAAAUGCGUGGGACUUUUGCUGAUAAGGAAAAAAGAAAGGAAAAGAAGAAAGCCAAAACUCUGGAGCAGUCAGCAAAUGCACCAAAUAAAAAGGUUAUCCAGGGAGCAACACAGAAUGCAGCCAAUGCCCCAGGUACUACACCACAGAAUCAGGUGCCUGACAACCCACCAAACUACAUCCUUUUCCUUAAUAAUUUGCCUGAGGAAACAAAUGAGAUGAUGCUGUCCAUGUUAUUUAAUCAGUUUCCUGGAUUCAAAGAAGUACGCUUAGUGCCAGGGCGCCAUGACAUCGCGUUCGUGGAGUUUGAGAAUGAGAAUCAAGCAGGGGCUGCUCGAGAUGCUCUCCAAGGAUUCAAGAUCACUCCAUCUCAUGCCAUGAAAAUCACUUAUGCGAAGAAAUAACUAUAUUCUCCUGUAAAGGACUUGUGUGGAUAGGUGUUUGUUUUUUAAACACUGAUACUCCAGUCAAGCUAGAGUGUUUGCUGUUCUCUGCAGAACACAUAAGACUCAAAUAGAAUUGCCACAAUGACCAGGGCACACAGGAUUUCCACAGAUCACCUGGAUAGUAACUUUUUCUGUUGAAAUACUAAUUUUUAUAAAAUAAAAUACAAAUACGCUGUUUUCAAGCCA